AUGUGGGUCUUCAAUCUCAAAACGGACCAUUUGGAUAAUGUCGUCAGAUUUCGAGCGCGGAUUGUUGCGCGAGACGACAAACAACGUCCCGGAAUUGAUUACGUGGAGACAUUUAGCCCAGUGGCUCGAAUGGCUAUGUUUCGAUUAUUUGUUGCAGUGUGUGUACAAUUGGAGCUUCCAAUUUAUCAAGGUGAAAUUAAUACUGCGUAUUUAAAUGCAACGUUAGGUAUUAAACAAUACCUGGAAUCAUUGGAAGGCUAUCUGGAUAAUACGAUUUACUGUCGCACCGAACCGUGCCUAUAUUACUAUAGGCGGGAUGGCGAAUUUGCGAUUGUUCUGGAUGACAUUCUGUGUGCUACAGAAAAUGUUGAAUUUAAGACGAGCAUGUUUCAAAAACUGGAUAAGGUCUAUGGACUUAAAGAUCAGGGCUUUUUCAACACUUAUUUAGGCGUGGAAGUGGAGCAGAAUGAAAGUUCUAAGAUUCACUAG